AAUUGUUUAUUGUUUAAUUGUUAUAGCGAAAUUCAUCAAGUGGUCUGGCAGUUUCCUUUUGCCCACCACCCUUUAAAGACGUCUGGGCUCAAGACAGUGGCAGUAAGAGGUCAGCUGUGUUGACAAACAUUUUGUCAUAAUGCACACAGUCAUGGCUAAUAAUACUUGUGAAGGCAUGGAUGAAGUCGGACUACUCCGGUACGUCAUAAUCAACUUAGUCUUCUUCAUCGGGGUUGCCGGCAACCUAGCUGCCCUGUGGAUCCUUUACAAAUCGGCCAAGACCAGAAAUAAAAAGCAUGUUUUAUUGCUAAGGUGUCUAGCAGUCAACGACUUAGUGGCAGAAGUUGGUAUGUUUUCCAUUAUAACUCUACAAAAAUACAAGUUGAUUCCCGUGUAUUGGAUUUGUGUUGGUUUUGUGUUACUCCGUGCUUUUGGAAUCGGAUCGGGAUGUGUUGCUUUUGUGAUGGCCCUCGAGCGAUGGUUGGCCCUUACAAGACCUUUCUAUUAUCAACAGCUAGUCACUUACCGAGUUUUAAAAAUAUUUGUAUUUUCGUUAUGGUCCGGAGGAGCCUUAUUAACUUAUCUUCCACUUCUUGGUUUCGGGUUAUACUACAACGGUAAAUGUUGCAGAUACAGAGACGCAACGGAGCUUCGAGAUCAAAUAUAUGCUUACAUGUUCUUGGUUUUUGGUACUGCGUUAUGCUUAUGCAUAGCAUUUUGUAAUUUGACUGUUAUAUGGGAGUUGUCAAAAAUCCGUCCACACGGUCGUGUUUUAAUGAGGAGAGUUAGCAGGUCUACAAUGAACAGUCGUGUUAUGGCUGCAAAAUAUCAAACUCCUGAAGAAAUAGCUUUUGCAAAAUUGAUGGCAAUUAUUUGUAUCAUAUUUGUAGUUUGCUGGGCUCCUCAAAUGAUCUCAAUUCCAUUAGCCCAGUUUUGGAAAGGUUCAACUUUUGAUGGGAUAUUUGCAAAAAUGGCAAAUUUUCUCAUGUGUACUUACUUUACUUUAGACCCGUACGUUUACGUUUUGCAACGUUACAUCGAAAAAAAGAAAAUAGCGUUGGGUUGUUGUUGGCCGCGUCGAUCCACGGGUAGUAUCACCACUUCUUCAAUAACAGCAGGAACGCCCACUUCCGUACUUCUGAAUCCUCCUUCCUUUACUAGUCCCUCCAUUAUGUAAAUUUUAACCUUUUUACAAGUAUUUAUUGGUUUCUUCAAGAUAUUUCUUAAUUAUACCACUUAUCUUCGUUGCUUAGUAUCUAUAUACGAGUCUUUGUUAAGAAAAUUACUUGACCCAAAUCUAACUUGAUGAAUGACUUAGAUAACACUACAUUGCAUGUUGAUUCAAAAUUUAUCUACCAGUAGGGCAGAUGCUAUUAAGAAUACACUUUAUAAACUGAACACUUCAAGGAAUAUCGACUUGUUCUCUAGUUUGACCUUUAUAAAAACCCUUCCUGCUGGAAGUUUUAUAGAACAUAAUAUUAGGAAUAUUGCAAACUGUAAUACAUAUAAAUAGUGAUAAAAAAAAUAGAAAUUUUUAGCAUGCUCUGAUUUAUGUAUUAAAACUUUUAGCGUACUUAAAAAAGUCAAAAACUUAGAAAAAACCGAGGUAGUGAUAAAUGGCACACACUUUAUUUUCACAAAUUAAAAAAAAACUAAUGGAGACUCGAAAAAAAUAUAAAUUUGUUGUCACUUUUUUUUCUAUUUUAGUGCAGUACUGAGAUUUUCUUUAGUUCAAUGCGUUUUACUUACACUGCAUGUAUAGUUUAAUUAAUUUACAUAAUUCGUGCGUUUUAAACGUUUACAUAUAUUUGUUAUCAAAAUUAGCAAAAAUGUACAAGUGUUGUUUUUUUUUAUAGAAGAAUACGUCACAUCGCUUCGGGCCGUGUUGCAAAGUGAGCAAGACGAAAAAAUCUGUAUUUAGAUAAAGAUACUUAUAAUUAUAAAAUAUAGUACGUAUACGUAUAUAAUAUAUACUUAUUAACCAAAGACUCUUGUGCAUGACUAAUUUCUAUGGAUAUUUAUAUGUUCAUUGUCAUCAUGUCUAUUAUAAUAAAACAUUGCAAUAUUUUCAUAGUGUUUGUGUAAAAAUGUAUUCUUAUAAUUGUUGUUUUGUUAUUUUUAUUUUGUUAGUCUAUAUAUUUAAACUUUAGCUAAUCUAACUUCUAAUUUAUACACCUAGCAUUUGGGUGAAGAUAAUUAGAAGUUACAUUGGCUUUAUUAUAGGUGGCCACCUUUGUAUAGGUAUAAAAACGUAAUUGUUUGUAAAUAUAUGGUAAACUGGUGCUAACAAAUUGUUAGAAGACUAGUUGACUGUGUAUGAAAAAUUGUUUUUGGAUACAAGAACACUGUAUUGUAUUUUUGUUAUAUUGAAAUAACAGACUGAUAUUAUUUUUGUGAUAUAAGUGUAUAUAAGGUUAGCUCUUAUAAAGUAUA